UUGUGUUCGCACGCAACUACACUGCCGCAGUUGAGUUAAGAUAGCAGCGAGUCUUUUAAUUUUCAAUAUUAUUAAAUAUUGUAUUAAGUGCAUACAAAACACACACAAGUGUUUUAGUCGCGCUUUAAAGACAUACAAAAAUUAAAAAUCAUAUUGGAAUGGAAUAAAAAAAAAUAAUAAAAUUUACGUGUGAUUGUAACUACUAAGGUGUGUUUCACCUUGUUUCACACAGAAACUUUAAAACUUUUAAGAUUUUGUCGCUGUAUUGGUGAAGUGGCUUAAACCUUGUCAGCUACAAAAUAAUUUUUCGAACGAAAAUUAAAGCCGGAUAAAAUACUCAUCAAGCUGAUACUCCUUUUAAACAUUGACAAAAAAAUAAAUUUUAAAUAAUUUCCUUUGGAUUUAUUUAAAUAAAAUCGGUCAAGCAAGAAUAAAAGUGAAAUAACAAUAUUUUAUGAAUUAUUACAGAAAAAAAAUAAAAUAAAAUACAAACACACAUGUUGCUUUAGAUGUGAAUGUUGUGGUAAAGAAUAAAAAAAUAUACAUAUAAAAAUACACCUGUGUUAAAAAUAAACGCGGCAUAAAGUCGUUAACUAGAAAUAAAGGUGUAUUAGUGUUUACAUAUUUUAUUCCACAAGACAAAAAAAUAUUAUUUUUUUUAUUUGUGAUAAAAAUUGUGAAUUUGGAAAAACAAAAAUUGUAAUAAAAUAAAUAAUUUGGAAGAAAAUUAUAAUAAUUAAAUAGAAAGCAGCUGCGAAUCAAAAAGAAAUCAACACAAUGGGAAGUGAAGUGAAAUUAAAGCUGACAAUAUUCAUUUUUGUCUGGAUAUCAUUAAUAGGAUUAAUAGAAUGCAGCAAGCCAAAUUUAGUAAUAUUGCCAGUGUCACCAGUGCAGCGAAAACCCGUUGGCAAAUCCCUAAUGUUGACGUGUAGAGCCAACGUGCCCGAUAUCAACUUAGUGACAGACCUCAGAUGGCGCGACAACAAAGGCAACACAAUUUUCUCCAAACAAGCCAACCCAAAAAGUUCACCAAUGUACACGGAACAACUGAAUAACGACCAGAGCUUGGCUUUAAUCAUCAAUAAGUUGGAGGAAUCGAUGGCGGGAAAUUAUUAUUGCUCAGCUUCUUAUGCCAACACUGAAUUAUUGGAAAUUAGCGUGAAAAUUGAAACUUAUGUACCAAUUACAUGGAAAGACGCCCCCGAAGAGCAAUACCCGACAAAAGGCAGCGAUUACUUGGUAAAAUGUGAAGUAACAGCGAGUCCUCCUCCCGCAGUCGAUUGGUUGCGAAAUGGUGAAAUAAUCCGUACCGGAGGUCGUCACGUCGUCGAUUCGCGUGGUUUGAUGAUCCGCAACGUCAAAUUGGAGGAUGAUGGUGCCUACGUUUGUCGUGCUGUCGUUAUUGAUACUGGCGAACUUGCUGAACGUACAAUUCGUGUCGAAGUACAAGUCAAGCCCGAAGUCUUGGUUUUGCCCGAAAGAAUUGAAGCUGUUGAAGGACAAUCGUUCUCCGUGAAGUGCAAUGCCACAGGAAAACCGCCACCAAUGAUCGAAUGGAUCAAGGACCGCACACAACAAAAUUUGGCAAUUGCAGAUCGCUUCCAGGUUGACGAACGAACGGGAUUGCUGAUCAUUAGUCAAGUCACCGAUGACGAUUACGGCAUGUAUACGUGCGUCGCCAAGAACUCUGCUGGCAUUUCGCAGUCGAAAACGCUCUUUGAUGUGCUUGUAACACCGAAAAUCUUCGAAUUUAACAACGUAACGACGCCCGUGACGAAAGAAACGAAAAUCACGUGCAAAGCCACAGGUCGUCCCGCACCCGACAUCACGUUCCGUCGAUGGGAAGAAGACGAGGAAUUUGUGCCAGGCUUCCAACCGAACGACGAUCGUGUCAUUUUGGAAGUCAAUCGUGAUCAUGAACGCGGCGAAUCGAGUGGCAUCCUGACAAUCACGAAACUCGUGCGACCCGAUGACGGUUUGUACGUUUGUAUCGCGCGCAACAAGGGCGGCGAAGCCUUCAAAAAUGGUCAUAUCGCUGUCGAAUACCCACCCAACUUUGAGCACAUGAAGACUUUGCCUCCGGUUUACAGUUGGGAACAACGCAAAGCCAACUUGAGUUGCUUAGCUGAAGGUUUCCCCAAUGCCACGAUCGAAUGGAGACGCGACGACAAACUCAUCAAGGACUUGUUCGAUCCGAAUUUGCAAAUUUUUGGCACAGGACCUCGCAGUGACUUGAUCAUCCAUCCGACACAUCCGCAAUACUACAGAAGUUAUCGGUGCAUUGCGCAAAAUAUUUUGGGAAAAGCGGAACACAUCAUGGAAUUGCGCGAAGCUCAUGUGCCGGGAGAAGUUGUGCAGGCAGCAGCUCGUGUUGUGACAGCGACAUCGAUGGUGUUCGAUAUCGUGGGACCCGCCAUGGAAGUUGGAUUGCCGAUUUUGGCGUAUCACGUGCAAUAUGCCGAUGAACGGGAACUUGGAUGGAAUAAUGCACAACAAAAAAUUUGGUCGCCCGAUAGUCCGUAUGUCGUUGAAGGACUUUUGCCUGAGAGAUCUUACAAAUUUAGAUUUGCUGCUCGUAAUCAAGUCGGCUUAGGAAAUUAUGGCAAACACGUGAUCCAAUCGACUCCUAAACGUUCAUAUCCCGAACCACCAAAACUUUUACACAAAGCUGAUGUUCAACCAGAAUCUGGCGAAGAUAUGAUCGUAUUGUCUCCUUAUUCGGAUCUCUUUGACUUGAGAUGGAAUACGCCUCAUGAUAACGGAGAACGUAUUGAUUAUUACGAAGUCAAAUACUGCCCUGGUCAAAAAAUCAACGGCGUUUGGACCGAAAUCGACUUGGAAUGCCGUACCGUGCAACGUGCCGUCCUCGAUGGCAACAACUUUGAAAUGCGCAACUUGAGCCCCGAAACAUACUAUCGCAUCGAAAUCCGGGCACACAAUGCCAUCGGAUUGUCGCAACCCGUGACACUUUUGCUCAAGACAGCGAGAGGUCGUGAUGUAAUUCGUCAUCCACAAGCUAAAAUCUUGAAUUCAUCAACAAUUAUUGCGGUUGCCGUUGGAGGUGUCAUCCUGUUGCUGAUUGUUAUCGAUUUGCUGUGUUGCUUGAUCGUCAAUGCGGGACUCUUUGCCUUGAUGUGUCGUCGCACGAAGCGUUCUCCAUCGGAUUUGGAUGACGAAACCAAAAUUGGAAGGGAGGAUGAGAAGCAACCGUUGAGCAAUUCCCCGACAAAUUCAAUCAAAAAGCAGCCAUCCACAGUCGACUACGACGGAAAUAUGGUGCAUUCCCGAAGCGGCGAAAUACUUGGCAAAAACUCGGCGGUAUGAAACGCAGUUUAAGCGGAAAAUUUGUAAAAAAAAAAUUGACUGGAAAACGGUUUAGAUAUGAAAAAUCGAGAAAUUAAUUAAUUAUCAUCAGACAACAAAAAAAGAGAUUGAAUGUAGAUUACGAGAGGUAGCUUAUAUAUAUUAUUAUUUUAGAUUUUAUACUUUAAAUACAAACAGUAUCUCAUAUACCUUAAAAAAAUAAUGAAAUAAGAAAAUAAAAAGGAAUAAUCUAUUUUAUAAGCUUGUCCCCCAUAAAAAAAAGAGUCCUUACUACUAUAAAAUAUUCCUUUUUGCGCCAGCUUGUUGUGAAAAUUAAAGAAAGAAAGUUGCUAGAUGUCGCAUUCAGUACAAUAAAAAAUAAUGCCAAAUAAAAAAAAUUAAAAAUAAUUUCCGUCGUAGAAAAAAAUCCGAAAAAUAGUGAAAUACCAAUCAGAGUACUUAAAAAAUCAGAAAAAGACUGAAGAAAAAAAUUAUCAAUUCCUAUAAAAAUUUAAAAAAAUCAUUUUUUUCAACAACUUAAAAAUCAUUAACUUUCACUGAA